CCCCUUGGUGUGCAGCAGUAGGGACCCAGCCUGAGCUGCCCCAGCACCGAGGCUGCUGCACCUCCUGCCCAGGGCUUUGUUCUUGAAGAAGGUCGGAGACAGCUGAGGCCUCUGAUCACCGCAGCCAUGGUUCAUGGGCAUAAAGGGGUCCGGUUCCAAAACUGGGCAAGGACCUAUGGCUGUUGCCCAGAGAUGUACUAUCAGCCCACAUCUGUGGAAGAGGUUAGAGAGGUACUGGCCCUGGCCAGGCAGCAGAACAAGAAGGUGAAAGUGGUGGGUGGUGGCCACUCACCUUCGGACAUUGCCUGCACCGAUGGCUUCAUGAUCCACAUGGGCAAAAUGAACCGGGUUCUCCAGGUGAACAAGGAGAAGAAGCAGGUAACCGUGGAGGCUGGCAUCCUCCUGACAGACCUGCACCCACAGCUGGACAAGCAUGGCCUGGCUCUGUCCAACCUGGGAGCUGUGUCAGAUGUCACAGCAGGUGGCGUCAUUGGGUCCGGAACCCACAACACAGGGAUCAAGCACGGCAUCCUGGCCACUCAGGUGGUGGCACUGACUCUGAUGACAGCUGAUGGGGCGAUUCUGGAAUGUUCCGAGUCCAGCAACGCAGAGGUGUUCCAGGCUGCGCGGGUGCACCUGGGCUGCCUGGGAGUCAUCCUCACCAUCACCCUGCAGUGCGUGCCCCAGUUCCACCUGCAGGAGACGACCUUCCCCUCAACCUUGAAGGAGGUCCUGGACAACCUGGACAGCCAUCUGAAGAAGUCCGAGUACUUUCGCUUCCUCUGGUUCCCACACAGUGAGAACGUCAGCAUCAUCUACCAGGACCACACCAACAAGCCCCCCUCUUCUUCAGCCAGCUGGUUUUGGGACUAUGCUGUUGGAUUCUAUUUACUGGAGUUCCUGCUCUGGAUCAGCACCUUCCUGCCUUGCCUCGUGGGCUGGAUCAAUCGCUUCUUCUUCUGGCUGCUGUUCACCCGCAGGAAGGAGAACAGCAACCUCAGCCACAAGAUCUUCACCUACGAGUGCCGCUUCAAGCAGCACGUCCAGGACUGGGCCAUUCCCAGAGAGAAGACCGAGGAGGCCAUCCUGGAGCUGAAGGCCAUGCUGGAAGCCCACCCCAAGGUGGUGGCCCACUACCCCGUGGAGGUGCGCUUCACACGGGGGGAUGACAUCCUGCUGAGCCCCUGCUUCCAGAGGGACAGCUGCUACAUGAACAUCAUCAUGUACAGGCCCUAUGGMAAGGAUGUGCCGCGGCUGGACUACUGGCUAGCCUACGAGACCAUCAUGAAGAAGUUCGGGGGCAGGCCCCACUGGGCCAAGGCCCACAACUGCACCAGGAAGGACUUUGAGAAAAUGUAUCCUGCCUUUCCAAAGUUCUGCGCCAUCCGGGAAAAGCUGGACCCCACUGGGAUGUUCCUGAAUUCCUAUCUGGAGAAGGUGUUCUACUGAAGCCGUAGAACCCCACGCCUGUCCCAGCCCGCCUUGAUAAGGGUGGAGGCCCAGCGUCCCCCAACAGAGGGGCACACCUCCCCUCCAGACCCCACGGCCAGAGCUGGGCUCCCGCAGUCUCCCCUCCUUCCCUCCCUUAUCCUCACAGCGCGCCCAGCAGUAGGUGGCCCAGCACCCCAAUCCCUGUUUACAUCUCUGUGACCUCCUUUUCCUGCCCCUGUAAUCAACACACCUGGGAGAAAGGGGCAGCCCAACAUAGUGUGUCUGUCCAGAGGUCAGAGAUUCGCUCAUUGGCAAGGUCCACCUGCUGGCCAGGUGGGAGUGAAGUCCCCAGGUCUGCAGCUGCAGGGGUCCCUUCCCAGCCCCCGUAGCAGGUGUGUGGGCGCAGAGGUGGUGUGGACCUCUGCUUUCUCUCCCACAUAAGGCUCUUUCAAAUGCUCAGCUGACUACCUGCCUACAACUGCUCUCUGCCAGAAGUCUCGGAUAGCCUGGGUCUGACCUUCAGUCUGUCUCUUUCGGGGUGGGACCCUCCUUAUUC